AUGCAAAACACCGGAGACGUCGUUUUCAAAUCUCCACUGGCUCCUCCUGCCAACAAUCCUACAGCAGAAUCUCUUCACAAAAAGAUCGAAAAUCUCACCAAUCACUACUAUACGCACGUUGUCACCAUCCAAGAAAUGAGUGAGGAGAAUCACAAACUGAAAAAUGAAAAUUUGUCAUUGAGAACUUAUAUUGACAACAGCUACAGAGCGUGGAAUGCUGAGAAAGCAGAGUUGAACAUGAAAGUUCUUUUUUAUCAAAACAGCUGUAACAUGAUAGCAAAUGACUUGAAAAACAGGGACAAUCGUAUAAAAGAACUUGAAAUGGAAAUAAAGUUGUUGAAGAAAGGCCCACCUCGCAACCCAUUCGUCCCAUUGCUCCAUCAACAGGCCAAAAUCAAAUCAGAGCCUCUUGAACAUGACGACACCUCUUCACCAGUUGCCACAAUUGCUCCAGGACCAUCUCAAUCUCGCCUCUCUCUUCUCCUUGAGCCUUCAAAACCAAAUGCCAGCAACCGUCUACCCUUCAUCCAACCAUUCCGUAUCAAAACGGAACCCUUGGAUGUUCCAGAAACGGAGCAGAUUGUCCCAAAGGCUGUCCGUGAAGAAAUAAUAGGAGAAGAAGAUGAAGACACUGAAAACCGACCGCCACCAAUCACGACAAUGAAAGAGGCGAUUGAGUUUUGCAGUAAAAACAAUGUGGAGCUGGGAGAACUAAAAGGAUUAAACCUAAAACCCUUCCUCUUUAAUCCAUUCGUCCCCAAUGGUCCUCCUCAAGUGGUCAUGAAUUCCAGAAACCCUUAUUGUUUCUACAUGAACCAAAUAAAAGGAACCGAAAACCCCGGUCAAUGGAGCGCCCUAUCCCACUCCGAGCAAGAAAGUUGGGCGGGCAAAUGGCGGAAGAUGAGAUGUAUUCAAACGAAGCAGGCGUGGCAUGGAUUGAUCAGGUUUGAGCCGCCUAAAAAGAGGAAGAGAAGCGCCGGCAAUAUCAGUUUUUAA